AGAUGAGCUGGGAGGGGCUGGGGAGUUCCUGCGCCCCGAGGGAGCCCUGCCUAACAGUGAGCCCAUCCAUCCAAAGGGAGGCCCUGCCUUCGGGAGUCCUGGUCUGAGAGCAUAAGCAGGACAGCCUCUGUGGGGGAUUUAGCAGGGGAUGCUGUAGGGCCCCGAGACCCCCCCCCCUCAGCCCACCCCCAACCAGCAUGCUCGUGGCCCCUGCCCCACCUAGAAUCAUUGGAGAUACACCUCCCAGGGGCAGGAAAACAAGGAGAAACCAUCAUUGAUUGCGGCUGCCAGAAGCCGUCACCACCUCUCAGGCCCCUCCUCGCCUGACCUUGGGGUCCAGAGAGAGGACAUGCCAGUCUCCCCACUCCCAUGGUCUCACAGCAGCAGCUGCAGGGACAGCCAGGCUGGUCUGGGAUGGGGGUCGAGGGUGGGUCCUCUCUGCCAGUGCCAGAUUCAGCUGCUGUCUCAGGGUUAGGCUCCAGCUCAACCCCUGGGGCUGCUCCCUGGCUUUCUGAGAAGAUGCCGUCAGGCAGAUUCCAUCUCAUAACGUUUCCUAGAGGAAAACGUUCCGACAAUGAGCGUUCCAACAAUGAAGGGAUCUGUCUCUGAUCCUGGGGCCUGCUCAUGAGGAAACUGAGCCUACCCAUGGCAACUGAGAGACGAAGAGGGACCACGGGAUGGUACUCUAACUCACCCAAAGAAAGCACAGAGAUGGGCACAAAGGUGACAACAGACAACACUGAGGGAUGCAGACCUGAGGGCCCCAUCCCUCAGCAUCCAAUCCCAGUGCUUCCCCUUCCAGUGAAGACCCCUCCUGCUGAACAGAUGAGGAACAGACCAGAGACUUGCCCUACUCCAGUGGGAUGCAAGCCCAUGCCCACGCUGCCAGGGAGUGGACUGUCAACAACCCAAGGCCAGCAGCACUAUCCUUGCUUAGGCCUGAGCCACAGAAGCUGCUCAGGGACUAUCCAUGGCCUCCCCGUGGCCAACUUGAGUCUGCUCUGCAGCUUUAGGCCCGACUUGGAAGGCCCGUGGGCUGCAGAUGAGGAAACUGAGGUCCAGACAGCCGAAGAGUGGUAGUGUCCAGGACACACAACUGGGCCGGCGGCGGCGGCUGCCCCGAGGGACGCGGCCCUAGGCGGUGGCGAUGGGGACCGCCCGGAUCGCACCCGGCCUGGCGCUCCUGCUCUGCUGCCCCGUGCUCAGCUCCGCGUACGCGCUGGUGGAUGCAGAUGACGUCAUGACUAAAGAGGAACAGAUCUUCCUGCUGCACCGUGCUCAGGCCCAGUGCGAAAAACGGCUCAAGGAGGUCCUGCAGAGGCCAGCCAACAUAAUGGAAUCAGACAAGGGAUGGACAUCUGCGUCCACAUCAGGGAAGCCCAGGAAAGAUAAGGCAUCUGGGAAGCUCUACCCUGAGUCUGAGGAGGACAAGGAGGCACCCACUGGCAGCAGGUACCGAGGGCGCCCCUGUCUGCCGGAAUGGGACCACAUCCUGUGCUGGCCGCUGGGGGCACCAGGUGAGGUGGUGGCUGUGCCCUGUCCGGACUACAUUUAUGACUUCAAUCACAAAGGCCAUGCCUACCGACGCUGUGACCGCAAUGGCAGCUGGGAGCUGGUGCCUGGGCACAACAGGACGUGGGCCAACUACAGCGAGUGUGUCAAAUUUCUCACCAAUGAGACUCGUGAACGGGAGGUGUUUGACCGCCUGGGCAUGAUUUACACCGUGGGCUACUCCGUGUCCCUGGCGUCCCUCACCGUAGCUGUGCUCAUCCUGGCCUACUUUAGGCGGCUGCACUGCACGCGCAACUACAUCCACAUGCACCUGUUCCUGUCCUUCAUGCUGCGCGCCGUGAGCAUCUUCGUCAAGGACGCGGUGCUCUACUCUGGCGCCACGCUUGAUGAGGCUGAGCGCCUCACCGAGGAGGAGCUGCGCGCCAUCGCCCAGGCGCCCCCGCCGCCUGCCACCGCCGCUGCCGGCUACGCGGGCUGCAGGGUGGCUGUGACCUUCUUCCUUUACUUCCUGGCCACCAACUACUACUGGAUUCUGGUGGAGGGGCUGUACCUGCACAGCCUCAUCUUCAUGGCCUUCUUCUCAGAGAAGAAGUACCUGUGGGGCUUCACGGUCUUCGGCUGGGGUCUGCCCGCUGUCUUCGUGGCUGUGUGGGUCAGUGUCAGAGCUACCCUGGCCAACACCGGGUGCUGGGACUUGAGCUCCGGGAACAAAAAGUGGAUCAUCCAGGUGCCCAUCCUGGCCUCCAUUGUGCUCAACUUCAUCCUCUUCAUCAAUAUCGUCCGGGUGCUCGCCACCAAGCUGCGGGAGACCAACGCCGGCCGGUGUGACACACGGCAGCAGUACCGGAAGCUGCUCAAAUCCACGCUGGUGCUCAUGCCCCUCUUUGGCGUCCACUACAUUGUCUUCAUGGCCACACCAUACACCGAGGUCUCAGGGACGCUCUGGCAAGUCCAGAUGCACUAUGAGAUGCUCUUCAACUCCUUCCAGGGAUUUUUUGUCGCAAUCAUAUACUGUUUCUGCAACGGCGAGGUACAAGCUGAGAUCAAGAAAUCUUGGAGCCGCUGGACACUGGCACUGGACUUCAAGCGCAAGGCACGCAGCGGGAGCAGCAGCUAUAGCUACGGCCCCAUGGUGUCCCACACAAGUGUGACCAAUGUCGGCCCCCGUGUGGGACUCGGCCUGCCCCUCAGCCCCCGCCUACUGCCCGCUGCCACCACCAACGGCCACCCUCAGCUGCCUGGCCAUGCCAAGCCAGGGACCCCAGCCCUGGAGACCCUCGAGACCACACCACCUGCCAUGGCUGCUCCCAAGGACGAUGGGUUCCUCAACGGCUCCUGCUCAGGCCUGGACGAGGAGGCCUCUGGGCCUGAGCGGCCACCUGCCCUGCUACAGGAAGAGUGGGAGACAGUCAUGUGACCAGGCGCUGGGGGCUGGACCUGCUGACAUAGUGGAUGGACAGAUGGACCAAAAGAUGAGUGGUUGAAUGAUUUCCCACUCAGGGCUGGGGCCAAGAGGAAAAACAGGGAAAAAAAGAAAAAAAAAAAGAGAAAGGAAAAGGAA